UGCUAAUUUAACUGUUUUAAGGAAGAUUGAGUUGUUAGUGUGUUAGACAUAUGAUGUGAAUAUAAAAAUUCUAUAUUGAUUAAACAUAAAAAUAUAGAGAACUUAUAUGCAUAUAAAUUCUUAAAUUUAAUUUUUGAUAUGUGAUUAUGAAUUAUUUUUAUAAUUUAUUGAAAAUAAAUUAUUUAUAUUGAAAAAAAAAAAUUGGAAAUAGAGCUUAUGUAAGCAGAAGUUGAAUAUAAUGUAUAUGAGCUUAUACCAAUAUAUCUGCUUUCUCCGUUGUGUGUGUGGCUGUCUAUCGAAGUUUGGAACAAUUUAUGCGGGAAAUGCGCUUUGUACUGUUCGGUAUACUGGCGCCAAUCCUUGUAUGUUGACCAUUAGAUCGACCUCUUUUCAAGUACCAGCUGUCUCAGCUGAUUUAAAAUCCAAUGAAGCCCCAAUUUCCCAGAUUGAUCUCUCAACCUUUGGUGAAGAUUCUAUUGGUAAGUAUAGGUAUCUGCAGCAUACCUCUCAGGAUACAGAGCGCCCUGACCUCGGAAGUGCAAGAAUUGUGGUGACAGGGGGCCGGGCGUUGAAAAGUGCAGAGAACUUCAAAAUGAUUGAGAAGCUUGCAGAAAAGCUCGGUGCAGCUGGUACUGCGUUUUCCAUUUGUUAAAUUAUUGGGGAUUUCGCUCGCACACUGCAGAGAAAGCGAGAGUCUGUUCGAGCUCUCAAAUCUGAACAAAUUAGCACACAACAAAUCUAUUGUUGAGAGCCGAGACGCAAAUUGGCUUUUCGCGUUCGCCAUCCUCACUCACGCCACAACUAUCUCCGUUUCCAAACUCUGCGUUUUGUUCCGAAUUUUCUUUUUUAGAUUGGCGAUAGUAUAAAAGAGUUUAUUGCAUGCGGUCAGUAUAGGCUAAAAUCGGAAGGAAGUAUCAAAAUUACUAAGCUCUAGGGUCCAAUUUGGAGAUAAAAAAAAAAGCCACGUGUAAUUGGUUGCUGUUUGGACUUAUUUUUUAUUAAUUGGUUAUUGAUUAUCUUCUACACAAAAAUGGAAGAUUAGAAGGUAAUCGAUUGUACUUUUUGAUAAAAUUAACUAUUUUAAUAGUUAUUAGUUAUUUUGUGAAAAA